AUGACUGGUAACGGAGCUAGGAUGCUCGCCCGAACAAUGCUGCGCAGCGCUGGCACAAGCAGCAGUACUCGUCCUGUCGCUGCCCCCUCCACCUCUCUCCGUGGCCUCAACGCAACACAAGCCAGCCGCACCGCCUCAAGCUCUUCAGAAGCCUCGGCCGCAGGCGCAACCCCUACACCAAUACCAAGUCCAGCAGAUGCAACCGUCAGCACAAACCCAACCGACCAUCGAUCAAUAGGAAAAACACAAUCGCUCUUCCUCACGCACGACUCUUCACCUGGAACCCCCUUCAUCCUCCCGCACGGCAUGCGUUUAGCCCGAAAAGUCGAACGAGUAGUCCGUGACCUCUACGACGUCUAUGGCUAUGACGAAGUGCAGUCUCCUCAACUCUACAAAACGUCUCUCUGGAAACGGUCUGGUCAUUGGGACAACUAUCGCGAUGAUAUGUUUGCUACUGAAGGGUAUAAAGAGCGCCUUGCUCGCACACAAUCCACCUCCACUCCGAUCCCGCUGGAAACCGAGCCGAGCAGUAUAGAUCAAGGUCGAACGGCUUGCUGCUCCAUCCACCCAGAUCCGGGGGCUGUGGCAGAAGAGGAAAGAUUCGGAUUGAAACCGAUGAACUGUCCCGGACAUUGCUUGAUAUUUGCUUCUCAAGAAAGAUCCUACCGUGAUCUGCCCAUCCGUUAUGCCGAGUUCUCCCCGCUCCAUCGCAACGAAGCUUCCGGAGCACUAACCGGCUUGACCCGCGUUAGGAGAUUCCAUCAAGACGACGCCCACGUAUUCUGCCGCCCUGAUCAAGUAGCAACCGAAAUCAACUCAAUGCUCGCCAUGCUCACUUCCGCAUACGAUACGUUCGGAUUCUCUUCUUUCGAACUCGUCCUUUCCACCCGACCGCACGACUCCUACAUUGGAACACUGGAAGAGUGGGAUAAAGCUGAAUCAGGUCUUCGCUCUGCCCUCAAUUCCUCCGGACGCCCAUGGCAGUUGAAUGAGGGGGACGGUGCAUUCUACGGUCCCAAAAUCGACAUCCGUCUCGUCGAUGGUCAAGGUCGUCGUCACCAAACAGCCACGAUCCAACUCGAUUUUCAACUUCCACGCCGAUUCGAGCUCUCUUACGCCGACCCCAACGCUGCAACUACCAAUGAACGAAGUACACCCGUAAUGAUCCACCGCGCUAUCCUCGGCAGCGUAGAACGAUUUAUGGCCAUCCUAAUCGAACAAACGUGCGGUUGGUGGCCGUUUUGGCUGUCACCCCGCCAAGCCAUCAUCUUAUCCGCAAGGACAGAUUCUCCAGCACUAAACGAGUACGUGGCGAAAGUGGCAAAGUAUCUCUCGCUCGGGAUAGAACCAAGUGCAGAACCAGCAAAAAGCACAGAAAGACAUUUGCAGAGGUUCUUUGUCGACAUAGAGUCAAAUCCGCAGGGAGAGAAGUUGGGCAAGUUGGUAAGGAAAGCUCAGUUGGCGAGAUAUAACUACAUCCUGGUGGUGGGAGAGAGAGAGAUGGAAACACAAACGGUGAAUGUUAGGAAGAGGGAUGAUAGGAGUGCGCCAGCGAGACUGAGGGAGUUGUCUGAGAAGGAUAUGUUGAGGUGGGGAGAGGAGGGAAAGGAGGGACGGUAUGAGGUGAGGGGGUUGAGGAAGCUGUUUUGUCGCUUGGACUCACAUCAUACUUGGUAG